AUGGAGUCAACUUCAUUGCGGUCGCUGGUCCUUUACGGCCUCCUGUCGACCUUUGCCGACGCCUCCCCGGUCGAGAAGCGCGCGAAUAUUCAAAAGCGAGGACACUUCCUCGUCCCCAGAGUGCCCAACGAGAACUUCGCCGGUCACAAUGGUCCGAGACAGCUGAUGAAGGCGUACCGCAAGUUCAGCAUGCCCAUCCCGCAGGGCCUGCAGGACGCCAUGGACGCCAUGGCCGCCCAGAACCCUGAGCCCGUCAAGGCCGAGAGUGUCAAGUCCGAGGGCUUCAAGUCUCUCGCCGCCGGCGCCACGAACCAGACCGCCGCCGCUGGACAACCCGGAACCGGUCUCGUCACCGCCACCCCGAUCCGCAACGACGUCGAGUACGUUUCGCCCAUCAAGAUUGGUGGCCAGGAGGUCAACGUCGACUUCGACAGUGGUUCUUCCGACCUGUGGGUCUUCACCUCCAUGCUCGACGCCACAUCCCAGACCGGUCACCAGCUGUACGACCCUACCAAGAGCACGAACGCCAAGAUGCUUUCUGGCCAGCAGUUCUCCAUCAGAUACGGUGAUGGCUCCGGUGCUCAGGGUGUCGUCGGAACUGACGUCGUCGACAUUGGCGGCGCUGUCGUUCAGGAGCAGGCAAUCGAGAUGGCCACCGCCGUCUCCCAGCAGUUCGUCCAGGACACCGCCAACAACGGUCUUCUCGGUCUUGCCUUCUCCAAGCUCAACACCGUCAAGCCCACGGCACAGAAGACCUUCUUCGACAACGUCAUGCCCAGUCUUGCCGAGCCCCUCUUCACUGCCGAUCUCCGCAAGAAGACCGUCGGCGCCUACGAGUUUGGCCGCAUCGACAACACCAAGUUCACCGGCCAGAUGGCCUGGAUCCCCGUCAACACCACCAGCGGUUUCUGGCAGUUCGGCAGUGAGAAGUUCCAGGUUGCCGGCGGUCAGGUCCAGCAGGGCACCGCCGGUGCUCAGGCCAUUGCCGACACCGGUACCACCCUCAUCCUCGCCAACCCCCCCAUGGUCCAGGCCUACUACCAGCAGGUCCAGGGUGCCAAGCAGGACCAGCAGGUCGGCGGCAUCACCUUCCCCUGCAACGCCCAGCUUCCCGAUCUCAUGAUGGACAUCGGCGGUGUCUACAUGGCCCGUGUCAAGGGUGCCGACAUCAACUUUGCCCAGGUUGACGCUCAGACCUGCUUCGGUGGCCUCCAGGCAACCACCUCCAAGCUUCAGAUCUACGGAGACAUCAUGUUCAAGUCGCAAUUCGUUGCCUUCAACGGUGGAAACAUGUCCCUCGGCAUGGCCGAGCACGUCGUCAACAGCCAACCCGCGGCAGCACCCGCGACUGGCGCUGGCGCAGCGGCGUAA